AUGACAGCCUUAUCCGCUUACUGGCCAAUUUUCUUUCUAAUAUUCUCUUUAUAUGCAUAUUCUCCUGUCUUCGCUAAACCACAGCCUUCCAGAAAUUGUGUGCUACGACCUCUAGGACACGGCCGUGAUGAUACAAACCAGGUCGAGGAGGCUAUUGCAAGAUGUGGUCAAUUUGGAACAACAACUUUUGAAGAAGGUUCCUAUAACAUUACUAGGAAAAUGACAUGGAAUCUGGUUUCUUCGAAGGUCGACUUGAAGGGAUUCCUAAGUUUUCCUCCAGACAUACAAUUCUGGCUGGACGCGAACAACACCUAUCGCGUGGUUUUCAUUCAGAACCAGGCAUCUUGGUUCGUCGUCACCGGGUCUGAUUUCGAGAUCGACGCACACAACACAGGUGGAAUACAAGGAAAUGGGCAGCCAUGGUGGUCGUUCUUCGCGACUCGUACUCGCGAAGAUGGGGAUGGUCGGCCCAUAUCGCUGACAGUGUUUAAGGCUAUAAGAGCAACCAUCAAAAAUUUCCGAAUUGAAUCGCCUCCUUUCUGGUCCAGUGCGAUAGUAGAGUCUACAGAUGUGGUUGUGGACGGAAUGUUCAUAAACGCAACUAACCAAGAUUCUAUGUUCUUCGGGCAAAAUAUUGUUCCCAACACAGAUGGUACUGACACCUACAGAAGCGACCGAAUCUCAUUGCUUAAUUGGGACGUAACUUGCGGGGACGAUUGUCUGGCUUUGAAGGGGAACUCUACCAAUAUUGUCGCUCGGAACAUAACCUGUCGUGGAGGAACCGGCGUGGCCAUAGGAUCGCUUGGACAAUACAUCGGACUUAAUGACUUUGUGCUCAAUGUUGACAUGGAGGAUAUACGGAUGUUCCGCUUAGAUCCCAAAAUUCAGCCAAUCAUGGUGAACGGGGUAUACUUCAAAUCCUGGGAUGGAUCUGUCAAUGGCUCCCCGCCCACAGGAGGUGGUGGUGCAGGCGGACUUGUGAAUAACCUGACUGUGCGAAAUAUGUACAUUGACGGGGUCGAUACGCCCGUUCACAUACUGCAAAACAAUCUUGGGAUGAGUGGAGAUGCACCCUCUAUCUUGAAGUUUGAAGGUCUUCGCUUUGAAAAUUGGAGUGGAACAGCAAAUACCAACACAAUUGUUGAUUUUGAGUGCAGCCCAGCAGUUGGAUGCAAUGAUAUCACCUUCCAGAAUUUCGAUGUCAAGCCGCCUUUGGGCCAACCCCCGCGACUCAUCUGCCAAAAUACAUCUGGUAUCAGGGGACUGUUUGCUCCUUGUAACUCGACCGGUCUCCCAUGA